AUGUUUUGCAAAGAAGCCUCCUGGCCGGUUUUGCCCACCAGCCGGCCAUUUUUGCCCACCAGCCGGCCAUUUUUUGCCGAGCACCGGCUGUUUUUGCCGGCCGGUGAAGUAGAAGCUUCGGCCGGUCAAUCCAAAGCUUUGGCCGGUGAAGAAAAGCUUCGGCCAAUGAAGGACAACCUGGCUAAUUUUAUGGCCAGUAAAGCAAAAACCUGGGUACAUUACCCCGGCCAAAAGCCCGGCUGGCCUGUUGCAAGCGGUGCAUUGUUGCUAACGGUAGACCUGGACUACUGCGGCCGGAGGCGGCUCUACCGUUUGCAACGGUCAAAAUGCACUCCGGCUGUACCGUUAACAGCGAGGUUUUCCACUGAAUGGGCUCUUUCCAUCCCCCUUGUAGGGGUGCUGGACUGGCUCCAGACCAAGGGCACCAUACCUGGGCCAUCCCAGCAGCCCGCGCUCGCCCAGGUAUUCCCGUACUUCAACCCAUACCAAUUGCCGAGGGACCCAGACGAGUGGACUUCCUUCGACCAAUACAAACCCACGAUGCAAUCGUUUCUCCCCGUGCGGAUUGAGGAUGCUUUCCCCAUCAAGUUCAAUCCGCGAUGGAUCACCGCCCCCCCAAUCCUCAAGGUCUCUGGCAUUGAUGUGACCAUGGCCCUAUUCGACUGCGCCAACGGGGAGUUUGCGAUGGACACGAUGUGCUUGAUGAAGCACAAGUUCAUCAAGUACAAGUGGCUCUGGCCGGUUGGCGUGCCAGAGCUGCGCAAGGUUAUGGACGCGGAAUGGAGCAUCCUUUGGAUGCCGGACGUCCGCCCGCUGCUGGGAGCACCUGGGUGCCUGGUCCAUUGGGCCUUGGAUGGGACUUUGGUGGGCGGGGCCAACAAACAGAACACAAUGGAGGCUGAUGUUGAGGACAAGAAGGACGAGGACAUUGCCUUGGACAAGGACGUGGAGUUGGACCGUGAGCUGGGCUGGUGGUAG